ACCACAACCAGGAAGAAAAACCGAAUCAAGCGACACAUCUGCUCUGUCUCGUUUGAGCCAAAUAUGUCAUUAUCACAUGGAUUCCGCAGACUUAGUGAUGCGCUCGGAUUUCAAGUCGACUAGAGUUUAUUGAGCGUGGUCAUCAGCGGCUGCCGCCGGUGCAGUCGUCGAUGUCAAACUGGAAGAAAGGCCGGAUAUAUAUAUAUUUAAACAAAAGUGCUGCGAAUACACGAGGCAUGUGGGUGGCAAGCUUCCACAUCGGUCGUCGAUUCCGCUCAAGGCAAGAAGAUGAACGCACUUUUAUUUAAAGUGUACACCGCCUGAUGUGCUUUUUUCCCCCCCUCCUUCACAAUGGAAAAGUGGAGCAGGAAAAAAAACACAGUUGUUAGCCUAGCUUACUAGCCGUUCGUUCCUCACCGCUACAUCAAAUUAGUGGGCUGAGUUCGCCAGGCUAACUCAGCCCACUAAUUUAAAAAGAUACACACGACAUUCAGAUGUGUUGAACUCGUCGCGUUAGCAACGCAGAUAUAUGUAUUUAGUGACAGUUUUUUUGUAGUUGUUGUUUUAACGAGCGAACACAUUUUUUUUUCUUCCGUCUUUGGGUAACUGUAUUUUGCUGCUGCUUUGCCAGAGCUAGCCUGUUAGCUAACCAGCUAGUCACCAGAAGUCGCAAAGUCCCAUCACAAAUAGUUUUUUUUAAAUAUAUAUAUAUAUAUAUAUAUAUAUAUAUAUAUAUAAACACUGUUGGACUGUCAAGCGAGCGACAAACAUGGCCCAAGAACAGUUUCCUUUGCAUUUCCUGGUGUGGAACAAUCAGUAUCAGGAGCUUGACCAGGAGAUGCAAAAUAAUGAGCAGAACCUUGAGCGGGUGGAUCCGAGAGGGCGCACCCCACUGGAGCUCGCAGUGUCCCUGGGCCACCUAGAGUCGACCCGAGUGCUGCUCAGAUACACCGCAGACCCGACACACUGCAACGCACAAGGCUGGACGAUUUUGCAGGAGGCAGUGAGCACCGGGGAUCCCGAGCUGGUUCAACUGGUGCUUCAGUACAGAGACUUCAAACGGGCGACUGAACGGCUGGCGGGCAUCCCAGAGCUGCUGAGCAAACUAAGACAGGCACGGGACUUCUAUGUGGAGAUGAAGUGGGAGUUCACCAGUUGGGGUGACUUACCUUUGGUGUCGAAGGUGUGCCCCAGUGAUGUCUACCGGGUGUGGAAAAGUGGCUCGUGUCUCCGCGUCGAUACUACCCUCCUGGGCUUUGAACACAUGACGUGGCUGAAAGGACGACGGAGCUACAUCUUUAAGGGUGGAGAUAAUGGGGCCGUGGUCAUGGAGGUGGACCAUGAGAAGCAGGUGGUGUACACUGAGCCGCUUGUCUUAUCUCCACGUGAUGCGCCCUCCCUGCUGGCGGCCAUGCUGCCGUCACAGGAGAACACGGCUCAGAGACUCACAUCGCCCAUCGUCUCCACACACCUUAACACGCGCAACAUUGCCUUUGAGCGGAACAAGUCUGGGAUUUGGGGCUGGCGUUCUGAGAAGAGUGAGAUGGUCAGUGGAUAUGAAGCCAAGGUUUACAGUGCGACUAAUGUGGAGCUGGUGACUCGGUCAAGAACAGAGCAUCUGUCAGACCAGGAUAAAUCACGGAGCAAAGGUUCCAAAACUCCUCUCCAGUCCUUUCUAGGAAUAGCUGAACAGCACACAGCUCACAAUGGGACUCCCAUGGUUGGCACUGGCCAGGACGAAUACAGUGGAACAGUGGACCAGCUCUACACCCUCGGCAGGGUCCUCGAGGGUGCAUGGGAGUUCGCCCAACCAGUCUACAUGUGUUUUGUGGACUUGGAGAAGGCGUUCGACCGUGUCCCUCGGGGAGUCCUGUGGAGGGUGCUUCGGAAGUAUGGGGUAUCGUACCCCUUGAUACGGGCUAUUCGGUCCCUGUACGACCGAAGUCAGAGUUUGGUCCGCAUAUCCGGCAGUAAGUCGGACUCGUUCCCGGUGAGGGUUGGACUCUGCCAAGGCUGCCCUUUGUCACCGAUUCUGUUCAUAACUUUUAUGGACAGAAUUUCAAGGCGCAGCCGAGGAGAAAAGGGGGUCCGGUUUGGUGGCCUCGGUAUUGCAUCUCUGCUUUUUGCAGAUGAUGUGGUUCUGUUGGCUUCAUCAAACCGUGACCUCCAACUCUCACUGGAGCAGUACGCAGCCGAGUGUGAAGCGGCUGGGAUGAGAAUCAACACCUCCAGAUCUGAGAUCAUGGUCCUCAGUCGGAAAAGGUUGGCGUGCCCUCUCCAGGUAUGGGGAUGAGAUAUUUUUGAGGAGGAGGGAGUUUCAGCAUUAUUCACUUAACGCAAGAAAUAAAUAAUUCUAUAGUAGGGCUUUACAUGAUGUUACAUGCACAGGGUGACUUGAAUUGUUCCUGUUGAGCCUGUAUAUGCUACCCUUGGGUCAAAUUCUUCAGAACUUUAAUUUUGACUAUCAUAGCUAUGCAGAUGACACACAGUUAUAUUUAGCAGUGUCAGAUGACUACAGUUCAAUUGAGGUGUUGUUUCACUGUCACAAACGGAUAAAUGUCUGGAUGAGCCCAAUUUGUCUUCAAUUAAACCACAACAAAACUGAGAAAUACCUGGAGUCGCUCUCUUUAAAAACCAAAGACCAAGUCCGAAACCUUGGUGUUCUGAUAGAUUCCGACCUGACUUUCAACAGUCAUAUCAAAUCAAUUACUAAAACCGCCUUCUACCAUCUGAAGAACAUAUCCAGAGUGAAGGCUUGCAUGUGUUAAACAGACCAGGAGCAGCUCAUCCAUGCUUUUAUCUCAAGUAGACUUGACUAUUGUAAUGGUCUUCUGACUGGACUCCCUAAAAGAGCAUUAAACAGCUGCAGCUCAUUCAGAAUGCUGACCAGAACAACGCGGUCAGAGCAUAUUACUCCAAUUCUGAAGUCUUUACACUGGCUUCCAGGCAGCUUUAGAAUCGAUUUUAAAGUUCUGCUAUUGGUCUAUAAAUCACUAAACGGUUUAGGUUCUGAAUACAUGAAAGAAAUGCUAAUGGGAUAUAAACCCAGUAGGGCUCCAAGAUCGACAGACUCCGGUCAAAUCGUGGAGCACAGAGUCCAAAGCAAACAUGGUGAAACAGCAUUUAGCUAUUAUGCUGCACACAAAUGGAAUAAGUUGCCAACAGAAGUGAGUGUGCAUGUUUUUAAGUCCAGAUUUAUCCCAUGCUUUCUAUAGUAUUUCCACUUUUAAAUUUCUUGUACCGUAUGCUGUUUAAUUGUAUUUGUAUUUUAUUUUUCCUCUUUCUUUUAAAUGUUUAU